AGCAGAAUUGGUGGAUUUAUAAAAGCCGCCUUCUCAUCAAGGCGUGAUCAAUUUCUCUUCCAGUCAAAUUUCCUUUCCUUCCUUCCUCCUUCCUCCUCUUUCUAUGAACUUCACAAUUUAACCAAUCCCUCACCUGCACAAUCCACAUAAAAUCUCACCCUCCUUCUUUCAAUGGAGAUGGAAGUGGUGGUGCCAGUGCCACCGGUGGAGUUCAACUUUGAUAGUACUUGCUCUUCCCCUUACAUGACUGCUCCUUCCAGUCCUCAGAGAUUUGGCAACUAUUUCAGUGCUCCUGCUAGCCCCACUCGUGUUUCCACUUUCUACAGGGAGCUUAAGGAUGUUUCUCUUGCUAACAAUUCAUCUUCUUAUAAUUCUUCUUCUUCUUCUUCUUCUUCCAUUCCUUUUGAUUGGGAAGAGAAGCCUGGAACUCCCAAAUCAAGAAAUGGAAACCGUGAAGGUAACUACAGCAGCAAGAAUGAUUAUGGACACGACGAUUUUGAUGAUGAUGAUGGUGAUGAUGGUGAUUUCGAGUUCAGUUUUAGCGGUCAGUUAGACAGGACUUCUUUAUCUGCUGAUGAGCUCUUCGAUGGAGGCAAGAUCCGGCCCUUGAAGCCACCACCUGGUUAUGAUUCUUCAGUUUCUACUAUUUCUUCUCCCAGGUCACCAAGAUCAAGAACUGCUCAGAAGAAAGAUUUUGAUCCAUUUCAAGCUGCCAUAGAAGAGACGAGAAGAAGAGAAGCUAAACAUCAACUAAAUCAAGAUCAAAAACAACAUCAACAAAUUACAAAACAUGCAACACAGCGGCGUGGAAGAGAAAGAAGCAUCUCAGGUUCUUCUUCUGCUUCUAAGUCUUCAAAUUAUAAGCAUAAAGGAAGCAGAUCUUUGUCACCUUUAAGAGUCUCCGAUCAAAUGCUCGAUCAAGAGGAGAAUUCCCAGGAUGAGAAAAUGGCCGCUCCAUCAAGCAGCAAUCCCAAAUUCUCCUCAUAUGCAUCUUCUUUCUUGUCCGCUAUAUCUUUUUCAUCGAAAGGUUAUAAGAAAUGGAAACUCAAGGAUUUCUUGCUAUUCAGAAGCGCAUCAGAGGGAAGAGCAAUAGGAAAAGAUCCACUAACAAAAUAUUCAGUCUUGUCCAAAAGGGAGAUUGCAGAGGACGUCAAGAAUUCCAGUUUUCGAUCCACAGAGAGUAGUGUGGGUAGCUCCUCAAGGAGAAGAGCUCAUGUAUCUGCUCACGAAUUACAUUACACCAUGAACAGAGCAGUUUCAGAGGAGAUGAAAAGGAAAACCUUUUUGCCUUACAAGCAAGGGCUAUUGGGUUGCUUGGGGUACCCUGAGGUGCAUGAGAUCUCCAGAGGUGUUGGGUCUUUGACACGUGGAUGAUUCAGAUCCCUCGAUCUGUUUUUCUUAGCCAAGCAUAUAACUCUUACUGUUUCUUUUUCUUUUUUCCUUUUCUUCUUUUAUUCAUUAUCCUGAAUUUUAAUGAUUAUGUUGAUAUUUUUGUUACUUAAA